CAUAAGAGUAGAAACACAGGAACACUCCCAUAAACAGGAAGUUGUCCCGCCUCCAGAGUCUCUGGGUGGUGGGUCAGUUUGUUUUUCUGCAACAGACCGAGACUCGCUCCACUUCUGCAGAGUCACUACAGGAACCUGUAAACCAGCAGAGAUGGCCGGACUGAUGGAAGACGACGUAUUCAUGGCGUUCACCACCUACGCAGCUAUCGUCAUUCUGAAGAUGAUGCUGAUGGGGCCCAUGACCGCAUACUUCCGUUUCACCAGAGGGGCUUUCUCAAAUGAGGAGGAUGUGGCCUUAAAGGCUGCAGAGGAGAGGAAGAAGCUGCUGAGAAUCCAUCCAGACGUAGAGCGAGUUCGAAGGUGUCACCAGAAUGACCUGGAGAACAUCAUUCCGUUCGUGGUGAUCGGCCUGCUCUACGCUCUGACCGGACCCGAGCUCUCGACCGCUCUGCUUCACUUCCGGGUCUUUGCCGGCUCUCGGAUCUGCCACACCAUCUCCUACGUGUUCGCCUUGCCUCAGCCCAGCAGGGCUCUGUGCUGGUUCGUGGGCAUGCUGGUCACCUUCUGCAUGGCCUACAGGGUGCUCAGCACAGUCCUCGUCCUCUAGAGAGACAUCCUGGACCAGUACACCUCUUCUACACAAGCUCACGUUCCUACAUUAAACCUGCUUUUUUUACCUAACUCAUGCUGCAGCUAUCUACGAGCUCGAUCAUUAAACAUCUUUUACACUCUGCAGGCCCUGGAACUAUUGUGGUGGAAUAAAAAGGUAUUUUAAAUAAACUUUUCUAUCAGC